AUGGCUAGACAUCCUUUUCUUCCUCUGUUCUCAGCUCUUCUUUUGGUAACAGCCAUCACAAAAUCAGAAGCUUUCUCGAAAACAGUGAAGUCACGAUUUCCAGGACAUAAUCCGGAGAAGCUAACCCACCUCCAUUUCUACUUCCACGACACUGUCUCCGGAGACAAACCAACGGCCGUCGUGGUGGCUACAGGUCCCAACACAAACUCCUCUGCAUCGGCUUUUGGUAUGGUUGCAGUCGUUGACGACCCGUUGACCGUUGGGCCCAACAUCACCUCAGAGGAAGUUGGGAGAGCCCAAGGAAUGUACUCAUCGUCCGACCAGAAGACUUUUGGUCUGCUUAUGGCUUUAAACUUGGUGUUCACGAAGGGUGAGUUUUCAGGCAGCACCGUCGCCAUGUAUGGCCGGAAUUCGGUAAUGUCAAAGGUGAGAGAGAUACCGAUCGUCGGAGGCACGGGAGCUUUCAGGUUCGGAAGAGGUUAUGCACAAGCCAAGACUGUUCGGUUCAAUACUACGACUGGAGAUGCUGUGGUUGAGUAUAAUGUCUAUGUUUGGCAUUAA